GAGAAAGAUGAAAGAGAAAGAAAGAGAGAUUUCUCUCUCUUCUGAUCUCUACUCUUCCAAAAAUUUCCAGAAGAAAGUUGAAAUCUCCGUCGCUAUUCAUGGUUUCAUUUAUGUUAAAGAAGCCUCUCAUGAUUGAGGCAUGAAUUGGACCAGUUUAAGACUCAGCAGCAUGAUUAUGAAGCUUGCAUUUUCUCAUCUUGAAAAUUCACAAGUCUUGUUUAGUGGGAAGCUCAGCAGAAUAUUGAUAGUUUUUUCCAAUUAAGAUUUCCCUUGCUCUAUGCCAUUAUGUGGAGAUCUAUAUCGAAUUCCAUUUUAAGCUUUGGACAAAAGAAAAGCACUGUUGAAUUAGGUAGAGUUUGUCAUGAUUCCUCAGAUGACGAGACCUCUUCAAAUGCCAGCACAGAGGAAGGACUGGAAUGCCCCAUAUGCUGGGAAUCAUUUAACAUUGUUGAGAAUGUGCCCCAUGUCUUAUGGUGUGGCCACACCCUAUGCAAAAACUGUGUCCUAGGGCUUCGAUGGGCUGCCUUCAAGUUUUACGCUCAACAGAUCCAGAUUCCGUUAUUCAUUUCCUGUCCUUGGUGCAAUUUGUUGACAUUUCGAUUGGUUUACAGGGGUAAUCUUAGGUUUCCUUGCAAGAAUUUUUUCCUUCUAUGGAUGGUUGAGAGUAGGAACGGUGACAGGGUAAAUUCUGCUUCCAUAAUUUCUGGAGAUCAUCAUCAGGUAUGGUUUACGAGGUGCUCUUCAGUUGUUGGGAAUUACUCUUUCAACAAUUUCCACAGGACUCCUCAUCGUCUUGGACAAUCGGGGUACAGCAAUGAUAGUCAUAACCAUAACAAUGGUAAUCUCACUUUGGAAAGGCCCCAUCUUUCCCUUCACAAAUCCAUUGAUCUCUUCAUUCGCAUGACCGCCAAGUUUCCAUUGGUUAUCCUACUUCUGAUAGUCAUAUUUGCACUACCUGCCAGUGCCACCAUCCUGAUGCUGUAUUUAGUAAUCACGGUUCUCUUUGCACUGCCUGCUUUUUUGGUGUUGUAUUUUGCAUAUCCUGCUUUGGAUUGGUUGGGAAGAGAGAUUCGAACUUGAACCUUAAUAUGCUCAGUUGGUUAGAGAACUUCAUGAUCAAGUUUCUUUCUUGCUUCAAUUUCAGUACGGUUGUAGGAUAGGAAUUUUGUAUGCAGUGAUAAUCGCUUCGAUCAAAAAUUGUUGAUUUUUCUUUGUUGCAAGAGUAAAUGUUCAAGGAUGUUGUAAAUAUUGCAUCCCUGUUGUACUCAAUGCUUUAAGACUGUCGGAGUUGCUGCUUAAUCUUAAGUCAGCGGACAGUGAUGUCUUAUGAUUUUCGUCUAUUGCUCUCUGUCCCUUCCUGCCUUCUCCCCUAUGAUGUGCUAGAGGUAUUAUCAGUGACUUGAUGUUUUUGAAGAACUGGAUAUAACUUGUUUUCAAUCCAUCCUGUUAUAGCUAUGUUUGAAUUUUAAAUCUCAUUACUGAAAUUUUGAAUCA